AUGUUUGCUAUUGACGUGAGGAAGGUCUUGCGGGACCUCGAAGCCGCAGUUGCUGCUGCCAAAGAGAAGAAGGAAGAAAAACAGGUGGAGACUCAGUCACAGACACAGGAACAGAUAAAUGAAACAUCUCUUGGUGAGCCGCAAGGCCAUACAGAAGGAAAUCAGACGGAGCAAACAGAAGAAAAACAGGUGGCGCCUCACCCACAGGCACAGGAACAGACAAAUGAAACAUCUCUUGGUGAGCAGCAAGGCCAUACAGAAGGAAAUCAGACGGAGCAAACAGAAGAAAAACAGGUGGAGUCUCAAACACAGCCACAGAAACAGACAAAUGAAACAUCUUCUGGUGAGCAGCAAGACCAUACAGAAGGGAAUAAGACGGAGCAAACACAAGAAAAACAAAAACAGCCUUCU